ACAGAAAACAAAUUCCACCUCAGCCCCAUCAUGUACGCAUGUGGACACGUGAAGGUUUCCCAAAAAAGCUAAAGACGAGAAGACAGAGGCUGGGUUUUUCUAGAAGAAGCGGAUCCGUGCAGGAAGAGAAGGCCGUAGGUCGGCCUACAGCGAUGGCGAGCACUCAGACGGGCUUGAAGGCCCCCUUCAAAGACCUGACCUCCUUCAAGGGCAGCGUGAAGCGUCUCUGGCGCGAGAAGCUGGAGGACGCGCCCAUCAAGAAACGGCUGAUGGCCGAGAUGAAGCUGAAGCGCCGGGGCCCGGACGCGCUCCCCCGAACCCCCAAGGUGAAGAGGGAGAACGUGGACGAGCAGCCCUGCGAAAUGGAGGACGGGGGCGGGAGGCGCGACGGGACCAAGGCCCUGGACCUGAGCCCGGGACUGAAACGCACGCUGGCCCAGUUCACCCUCAGCAGCCAGAGCUCUCUGGGAGGACCCGCCGCCUUCUCGGCCCGCGGAGGCCACGAGACGCCCGGCGCCCUGCUGCCCCUCCCGUCGCCCCCGGUGCUGGGCGGGGGUCCCCUCCUGGUGCCCUGCGACAGCUCCACCGAGCUCACCCACUCGGUCCUGGAAGGCGAGUCCAUCUCCUGCUUCAUGGUGGGCGGCGAGAAGCGGCUGUGCCUGCCCCAGGUGCUGAACUCGGUCCUGCGCGAGUUCUCCCUGCAGCAGAUCAACGGCGUGUGCGACGAGCUCUAUGUCUACUGCUCCCGCUGCGACUCUGAGCAGCUGAGCAUCCUCAAGGUGCUGGGCAUCCUGCCCUUCAACGCGCCCUCCUGCGGCCUCAUCACGCUCACCGACGCCCAGCGCCUCUGCAACGCCCUGCUCCACCCCGGGGUGGCCGCCCUGCCGCGGGACCCCAGCGGGAAGCUGCCCGCGCCCGGCCUGCCCCUCAAGGAGGGCGGGGAGGCCGGGUUCCGAGUGGAGCACCAGUGCCUGGGGAAGUGCCAGGGCCUGUUCGUGCCCCGCUUCUACGUCCGGCCCGACGCGCCCUGUAUCCAGUGCCUGGAGUGCCAGCUGCUGUUCUCCCCGGACAAGUUCGUCAUGCACUCGCACCGCUCGCCCGACAAGCGCACCUGCCACUGGGGCUUCGACUCGGCCAAAUGGCCCUGCUACCUGCAGCUGGGCCGGAAGCACCUGGGCACGCCCGAGGAGGAGGAGCUCAAGCGGCUGCUGGACGACAUGAAGGAGAAGUUCGGCUACCAGCUCAAGAGGACGCCGGAGAAAAAGGCCGGCGCCGACGAAGGCCAGGUGAGGAAGGCGGUCCCGGACUUCUGCCCUCUCAACGGCAAGCUGUCCGACGGCGAGUCAGGCAGAAAGGCCAAAUCCCAGCCCACCCUGGAUUUCAACCGCCUCUACCCCGACAUCAAACAGGAGCCCGCCCACACCGCCAUCGUCCACCCCAGCUACUUCCUGUACACGUACGACAAAAUGGUGGCGCCCAACGUGUCCCUGCCGAGCUCCCUGCGCAAGGAGGACGAGGCGGGGCCCGAGGCCCUGGGGGCCCUGCUCAAACGGCACUGCAGCGAGGCGCGCAGACGGGCCCUGUCCCACGAGCAGGACCGCGAGCAGGACCGCGACCGCGCCGCAGACGGCGAGUCUCGUGCUCACAGCCAGGAGGAGCCGGGGGCCCGUCGCGAGGCCCGGCCGGUCGCCAUGGAGACGGGCGCCGACGAGGACGCCCACGCCGCUGCCAAGGACGCGGGCUGGGAGGACGACAAGGACAGGAUGGUGCUGGAGAUCGUGCAGAUGUACAGCCGGCAGCAGGAGCGGCUGCACUCCACCCUGCACAAGCAGAUGCAGCUGGAGAUGGAGCUGGAGGCGUUGCGGGGCGGCGAGGCGGUGCGUCUGCGGGAGCUGUCGGCCGAGCGCAGCGAGCUGCAGAGCGAGCUGGAGGCGGUGCACACGGAGCACGCCCAGCGCCUGGGGGAGGUGCGGCAGGAGCAGAGGGAGUUGGAGCGGCGGCUGGAGCAGCUCCGGCAGCAGGGCUGUGCGUGCGAGGCCAGCUCCCAGCGCGAGCAGGAGGCGCGCUACACGGCGCAGCUGUCGGAGCUGAGGAGGAGGUUGGACCGGGCGGAGGCGGACCGCGAGGAGCUGCAGGAGGAGCUGUGCCGGGAGCGGGAGGCACGGGAGAAGCUGGAGCUCAUGAUCUCCCAGCUGAAGGAGCAGAUGUCCCAGUCCACCUCCGCCGCAGAGAAGCCCUCUCCCUCCCCCUCCCCAGCCCCCAAAACCCCGGCACCAGCCGAGGGCAGCCCCGCCCAGGAGUGAGAGGGGCCCCCUGGGACCCCAGAAUCCCUCCACAGACUCACAGCCUCCACUGCAGAGAGGAACCAACCCUCCAUCACGGCUCAUCUUCUACACUCAUAUUUUCCCAAUUUUUUAACCUCAAACGUGGAAGUACCUUUUUGUUUUCUUUUAUUUUUCCGACUUUUGCUAAAAUGAGGGUUCGUAUUCAUAUCUGGUCACUCUUUAAACAGUAUUUAAUUUUUUUUAUUUUUUAUUAUUUUUUUGUUUUUUAUUUCAAGUUUCACACAAAUGCUGCUUGUGCAGGUGGGAGGGUGUGUUUUUGGGAGCUCUUUGCCCUGCCCCCACAGUCCCGCCCUGUUGCCCUGCCCUCCUCCACACAGACCCCCCGCCCCCUCCGUUUAGACUCUGCACCUCGACGGUUCCCGUCCCGCUGCGGCUGUUCCCGGGAUCGAGACUGACUCUCCUCUCCCCCAGCCCUCCAACGACUGAAAGGAACUUUGCCGGAACGUUCACUUUAUAGUAUAUGACGUUUAUACUACCCGACUGGCACGACGGGCGCCGUGGACACAAAAUGGCGCCACCUGCGCGUUCCGCCCUGUACAUACGGCCAAGGGGUCCGUACCAGCAUCGGCAGGAAACUGCGGAGCAUGGACAUAUUUAUUUUUUACUUAUUAAUGCUAAAGAGAGAAAAAAAAAAUGGUUAUUAAUAUUAUGUGUAUGAAGACAUUUAUUGUAAGGCUCAUUUGUAGUCGCUGUAAUUUCACGAGAAUGAACAUGCAAAAAGAAAAAAGGGAAAAAAAUAUACACAGAUCUGACAAGACAGCAGAAGCGGGGACCGUCCCCACAACGCUGGUGUUUUCCGCUUUCGGCAGGGCCAGCCAAAUCCCCGCUGCUAUUGGUUUCAGUUUCAUUCCAUUUCCUGUACCCCCAAUGGAAGCUUGUCACCUGCGACUGCAUGCGAGUUCAGUGCUGGAUAUCGAUGGGUAUCUGUUCGCCGAUGAACACGGUAAAGGGGCUGAAAUGCCAUUGCAGGCUCGGUCGCCGUCACAUCGAUCACGACCGGAAGCCGCACGGCUGAUUGGCUGAUUGCGGUUUGUUUUCGGCCCUGGCCGAGACGGGGGGCCAGACGGGCGCGGGACGGGGAAAGGCACCUGGGAGGAGGAGAAGCCUCAACUGGCCGUCGGUCAGCCCGCUUCCAGUCCUUCUCUGUACGGCGCCCGGGGCGAUGCUGAAAAACAGACCGUGAAUAAGAGCCCGAUGGGCAGACAGCGGCUUCCAGGGCUCGGGUGGUCCCCCCCACCCUGUGCCAGCGCGAUAGCUCGUGACUCAUAGACAGAUCCGGUCCAGUUCUCGCAAGCAAACACGUGCAGUAACGUUAAUGCCCUAAGCCUCUGUUUUCACUCCAGAAAAAGCUAGUUUUUUUGUUGUUGUUUUUCUUUGUUUUUGUUUUUUUUUUGGGGUCUUUGUCAAGCCUCCAUCUUGUUGUGAAAAUGUGGGUCACAGGUGAAAUGAAUUAGAGGGCCGUCCCGGCUCCAGCCCCUGGUUAGACGUUAUUCCAGCUCACUGAACAAACAGCUCAGUCU